UAUUUAGUAAUUUCAAGUGGAUUUUUUCAUAUUUGCUCAAUGCCUUCAGUACAAAGGACAUCUUCCCGACAAGUGCAGCUCCUGGUUCUAGAAUGAAGGUGUUUCAAUAACAGGCUUCAAACCGCAGUCCACUUUUAAGUGAAAGGACGGAUGCAGGUGACAAAAAACAAGUGAUCGAGAGAGAGGACAGCCCCAAACAGCUUUCACACAGACCGGUGAUGACUUUCUUCAAGGGGACACUUCAAUCAGUGUUGCCAGGGAUAACAAGCUAGAGUUGACAAUUAUCUGCCUAAGGUGUGUGUGAGUGAGAGCCCUUCCCAGACUGAUGGAGCUCCCUGCAGUGGUGCUGCUGUUCCUGGUGUAUGGUCUGGUGUCUGGAGCCCAGCAGCCCCAGGGCCAGGGGAACCGCCAGGAGAGCAACCCCCAGGCCAGGAGCCAGGGCAGAGCCCCGUCCCAGGAGUUUGAGAGCAGUGAGGAUGGCCUGGAGAGAGAGUUCCUGUAUUCUGGGCGGAGGAGCAGACGGGCCCUCGCCGACUCCCAGCAACCUGACAGGUGUUCAUACACCUUUAUCGUUCCCCAGCAGAAGGUGACAGGGGCCAUCUGUGUGAACCGCAAGGAGCCGGACACAGUGCUGGAGAACCGCGUCAACAAGCAGGAGCUGGAGCUGCUGAACGGGGAGCUGCAGAAGCAGAAGAGGCAGAUCGAGACGCUGCAGCAGCUAGUGGAGGUGGACGGAGGCAUCGUCAAUGAGGUCAAGCUGCUGAGGAAGGAGAGCAGGAACAUGAACUCCAGGGUGACCCAGCUCUACAUGCAGCUGCUACACGAGAUCAUCAGGAAGAGGGACAACGCCCUGGAGCUGUCCCAGAUGGAGAACCGCAUCCUCAACCAGACCUCGGAGAUGCAGCAGCUCACUAACCGCUACAAGGACCUGGAGCACAAGUACCAGCACCUGGCCUCUCUGGCCAAUAACCAGUCGGUCCUCAUCGCCCUGCUGGAGGAGCAGUGCCAGGGUCGGCCGGUCAGCCCCCCUCGCCCAGUCCCUGUACCCCAGCCCAGGCCUCAACCCCCACCCCCACCCGCACCAUCACCACCCAUCAACAAGCCCUACCAACCUCCCACCGACCCACGCCUCACCAACCAGAUAACCAACGAGAUUCAGAGUGACCAGAAGUCUGUGCUGCCUGUCCUUCCUACCAUGCCCAGUGGCACAGGCAGCCCUUCUACCACCAACAAACCCUCUGGGCCAUGGAAGGACUGCCUGCAGGCCCUGGAGGAUGGCCACACGGCUAGUGGCAUGUACCUAGUGAAGCCAGAGAACGCCAACAGACUGAUGCAGGUGUGGUGUGACCAGAGACAUGACCCUGGUGGCUGGACUGUCAUCCAGAGGAGGCUGGAUGGAUCAGUCAACUUCUUCAGGAACUGGGAGACUUACAAGCAAGGCUUUGGAAACAUAGAUGGAGAGUAUUGGCUGGGCCUGGAGAACAUCUACUGGCUGACCAACCAGGGGAACUACAAGCUGCUGGUGACUCUGGAGGACUGGUCUGGUAGGAAGGUGUUUGCAGAGUACGCCAGCUUCAGGCUGGAACCUGAGGCAGACUUCUACAAACUCAGGGUGGGCCGCUACCAUGGCAACGCCGGAGACUCCCUCACCUGGCACAACGGCAAACAGUUCACUACGUUGGACAGAGACCAUGAUGUGUAUACAGGUAACUGUGCCCACUACCAGAAGGGAGGCUGGUGGUACAAUGCAUGUGCCCAUUCUAACCUCAAUGGAGUAUGGUACAGAGGUGGACACUACCGCAGUCGCUACCAAGAUGGAGUCUACUGGGCUGAAUUCAGAGGAGGGGCCUACUCCCUGAAGAAAGUAUCUAUGAUGAUAAGACCGAACCCAAACACCUUUCAUUAAGUAUCCAUGGCAAAACUAUUUCCUUUCCACGAACUUAAAUUCAAACAGCUCUUGAACUCUGAUACAAUGGAACCUCACACAACCAGAUCAAGAGGACGAUGACAUAGAAAGUGCAAUAUCUAAGCCUUGGAAAAGCAAUAAAGGAGAAGCAUCAUGCUGCUUCAAAGUCCCUUAGUAAACAAACAAAAAAAGUGUUUGACCAGAUACAAUGCAUUUUCACAGUAAACAAAUUA